UAUAAGAGAAUGUGAAUAUUAUAUUCUUAAAACAAUGUUCACGAAAUAUAUGAUUAUUAGUUCUUGGUUUGGCCGUUGGUACCUGGUGGCGCUGAGAUCUUGGAUCGCACAAUGGCUGCCCAUUAGCAGUCCAUAGGUAUAUAGUCAAAGAUUGAAUCAAAAUAGAGCACGGUGAGGGGGAGGAGGGUCAGAUCAUUGUCAGAAGGACGUUUGGAUCUUGAGAGGCUCGCACGUUGCAAUCGCCAGACUGUUAUUCCCACAAGUCGUCACAAAAUGUUUCGCAUAAUCGCGAGACGAGUACCAUUGCAGGGAAUAACGACUAUUUCUUCUCGGACAUUUAGUGCACAAACUUCAAGCGGAAGCACUGCUCAAUCUACUGCGAACGUCGAUGUGCCAGGUCUCAGUGAGCACGUCGUCAAAGUACCGAAUGCAUCUGUAGGACCUGACGCUUCCAAAGACAAGGAGUACAAGAAUCCUGAAUACUUCUGCUAUCACGUCGACUCGUUCGGGGAAGCCGAAGUGGAAUUGGCAAAAUACAGACUGCCAGUGCCAUCUAAUAAGAAACCGUAUCCAUAGGUAGAUGAAUGAAGAAAUAAAUUGAUGUAAUAAUAUAAUGAAGGAAUGGCUGAACGUCGAAAGAGACAGCAGGACCGAAAAAGAAGAGACAAUAUAGUUAGUACUGUACCAGAGGAAAUGAGAGAAUAACAAGAAGCAAUGGUGUUCAAAGUUA